CUUUGGUUGAGUCGCCGGCGCUGCGGGCUGGAGAGCGCGCGCGACAGAAGAAGAAGAAGAAGAGGGGUCGUCGGGAGGGUGAAGGGCUCCAGGGGCAGGGCUAGCCGGCUACGGGCGAAAGGCGCUAGCACCGCGGACCUGACACUCGGCGGCGGUCUGCGGGGAUCCGGAGCGGAGCGGGAUCUGUACCCUUGCCCGUAGACAGAGGCAGCGGGACGCCAGAGAGGCGCUCCUCGAAGAGGAUCCGGCUACCAGCGUCCCCCCUUGGGCAGCGGCACGAAGAGAGAAAGGGAUCGUCGCCCGAGCUGGAGAAGCAGCCACCUGAGGUUCAGAGUCCAGUGCUUGCAAGGGGGAAGAGGCAGCAGCUGCUAUGAUCCAGGUGUUGGCGCUGCUGUUGCUGGCUGGAAAUGAAGCUACGGCUGCCAGUACUAAUCCUCGCUUGAAGCUCUCCUUCCAGGAUCUUCGAAUGCGCCAUGGACUGCGUACCUAUGAGCUGGAGCGCUCUUGUUGCUACGACUCACUGCUGCUGGAUGAAGAGAGAGGACGACUUUUUGUGGGAGGAAAAAACUAUCUUGCCUCCCUGAGCCUGGACAAUAUCAGCAAGCAGGACAAGAAGAUUUACUGGCCGGCGCUUGUAGAGUGGAGGGAAGAAUGUAACUGGGCAGGUAAAGACAUCAAUGCCGAGUGCAUGAACUUCGUCAAGAUUCUACACCUCUACAACCGCACCCACCUGUACGCCUGUGGCACAGGGGCCUUUCACCCCAUCUGUGGCUUCGUAGAGGUUGGGCAGCGUGCGGAGGACUCUGUUUUUAAACUGGAUCUUGGGAAUGUAGAGGAUGGCAAAGGGAAGAGCCCCUAUGACCCACGCCACAUGGCUGCCUCAGUACUUGUAGGUAAAGAGCUCUAUUCCGGUGUGGCUACUGACCUGAUGGGCCGCGACUUCACAAUCUUCCGCAGCCUGGGUCCGAGGCCUUCUAUCCGUACAGAGCAGCAUGACUCUCGAUGGCUCAACGAGCCUAAGUUCAUUGAUGUCUUCUGGAUCCCGGAGAGUGAGAACCCCGAUGAUGAUAAGAUUUUCUUCUUCUUCCGGGAAACGGCCGUGGAAGGAGCCCAAGGGUUGGGCAAGCACACUUUUGCCCGCAUCGGCCAAAUCUGCCGGAAUGACAUGGGCGGGCAAAGAAGCCUGGUGAAUAAGUGGACAACAUUUCUGAAGGCCCGGCUGGUGUGUGCAGUGACAGGCAGUGACGGAAGCCACACCCACUUUGACCAUCUUCGUGAUGUCUUUCUCUUGCCAACCAGGGACAAACGUAAUCCAUUGCUCUAUGCUGUUUUCACAACGUCCAGCACUGUGUUCAAAGGCUCUGCUAUAUGUGUUUAUCACAUGAAUGACAUACGCAGAGCUUUCCUGGGACCUUUUGCCCACAAGGAGGGGCCCAACUAUCAGUGGGUGUCGUACCAGGGCCGGGUCCCUUAUCCACGCCCAGGAAUGUGUCCCAGCAAAACCUUUGGCACUUUUAGUUCUACUAAAGAUUUCCCUGAUGACGUGAUUCAGUUUGCCCGCAACCACCCACUGAUGUACAAUCCAGUGCUGCCGCAUGGCCAGCGUCCCAUCUUCCUGCAAACCAAUGUGGACUAUACCUUCACCCACAUUGCAGUGGACCGAGUAGCUGCAGCUGAUGGCCACUAUGAUGUCCUCUUCAUUGGCACAGACAUUGGUACAGUCCUGAAGGUGGUCUCUGUGCCCAAGGAGAGCUGGGAGAAUAUGGAAGAGCUGCUACUGGAAGAGUUACAGGUGUUUAAGGACUCCUCUCCAGUUACCAGUAUGCAGAUCUCCUCCAAGCGGCAACAGCUCUACGUGGGAUCCAGGACUUCCAUUUCCCAGCUGCCCUUGCACCGCUGUGGCAUCUAUGGCAAAGCCUGUGCUGAAUGCUGCCUGGCUAGGGACCCCUACUGUGCCUGGGAUGGCAGCAGCUGCACCCGCUACAUGCAUAACACCAAACGGCGGUUUCGGCGCCAGGAUGUGAGGAAUGGGGACCCCAAUACAUUGUGUUCUGGAGAUCCCCAGCGAAGUAGUGUGCCUGAAAAGAAGGUUUUUGGAGUGGAAGGCAGCAGUGUCUUCCUGGAAUGCCUCCCUAAGUCACUGAAGGCCCAGAUUUUAUGGACAUACCAGAAAACUAGCAGUGCCAUCCAGAAGGAGGUAUUGCUGGAUGAUCGAGUCAUGAAGAUGGAGCGGGGAAUCCUGUUGCGCAGCGUGCAGCGCAAAGAUGCUGGCCUCUACCACUGUCAUGCCACAGAACAUGGCUUCACACAGAAUUUGCUGCACCUUCAGCUUGAAGUGAUCCAUGCCCAGCAGGCUGAGUCCCUCUCCUUCUCCUGGGAAGAGGAACCCACACAGCCCUUCCAUCGCAAGCUCUGGUACCAGGAUUUCCUGCAGCUAGUGGAUCAUCCCAAUCUCAGCACCAUGGACCAGGUGUGUGAGCAGCUGUGGAGCCACAAGAGCCACCAGCCCAAGAAGAAGCCACCGCUACCCCCUCCACUUAGUGUCAAGGCCAAGAAUCAAAAGUGGAAGCACCUGGGGGAGAAGCGAAAAGCCCGCAGUCGGAGAAUGCAUGAAGUGCCCCGUGCUGAGCGAGAACCCAGGAGCACUGACAUCUGGUGACCUAUGAAGAACAUAAAAUGGACAAUCUCUGUUCUGGCGGGGGGCCAGGGGAGCAGGGUGUGAGUGUGAGAAAAGGGGAGGCAGAGAGAGCUUCUAUGGUUGACUGAAGAGGGCUCCCUUCCACACAGGCCUGAUACUUCUGGCUGCUGCUUGUGUAGUUUGUAGGGGAAGUGUUGUUGUCAUAGCGAUUUUAGCAUCCAUUUUUUUUAGAACCAGGUGCACAACAACCCGACAGAAGUGGGGAACUCUGCAACCCUUGGCCACUUCCGUAAUGCACAACCAAAGAUGGAGGCUACCAGUCUCCAAACGAACUGAGAAGCAGGAAGUAAAGCUGGCUAAAAUUCUUGCUUGCAAUGGUAUCCACUGCUAGCCAUCAAGGUGUAAUCUUGAGACUGAGGAACUCUCCAGCUCUGAAGCUUCUAGUUGUAACUUGGACAUCUUCCUCUGAACAGAGCAGCUCCCUGAUGCCUCUUUCUGUAACAGGCAAAUCCCCUGUCUAGGACUCUUUCUCAAUACACAGGGUGUUAACCCUCUUCUUCCCAUAGCCAAACCUACCCCACCAGGUGUGCAUACGUGUAGCAUUGUGCUCUUCACUGCCAGAGACAUAACAAAACCACUGAUAUAUUUAUUAACAGACUGUUUACUGAUGAAUGUAAAUCCACCACCAGGUGGCCCAACAGGAUUUAGCCUCUGACAGGAGGGGGCGGGGCUGCUGUUGCCCAAAGGACCAUGGGUACAUUUCUGGCUGACAUUUCCUGGACAAGUGUGUAUUAAGAUGUUGUAUGGGACUGUGGUGAUGAUAACAACAGAGGAAAUAGAUGAGGGACUG